AUGGCUUCACAGCAACGUGAUGUUGAUUUGGAACCACAUACUCCGUCUUUGCGACUGCUCAGGCAAUUAAAGAUCCAUCUCCUGACGCAUCACCUGAGGAACCUUGGCUUCAACCAGAGGUUGAACAUCUCCCUUCCUGAGGUCACCAUCUCCGCUUUCACUGAGACUGGCCAAGAGGGAUCGUCGGUCAUCGUUCCGUUGCAGCGGGCGUACACCGGUACAGAGCCUGUGAUAUCAUCCUGCCUUGCUGACACUCCCUGCGCUACCCUCGGUGUUCAGGCCCUCUUGGAUCAACUCAAUACGACACUCAGAACGUCACGCACCGUGGAUACAACAUCCCUCUCCUCCCUUCUUGAAGACUGCAUUGCAAACAACUAUGACUUUGGCAUGGCAUAUGGCCGCCUCCGCCGGGUAUGGUACACUCGUAACUGGAGCACCAUACGAAACACAUUACGCAAAUGGGAAGAGGGGGACCGGGAGAAGCGACGAAAAGCACUUGUUGGUAACCAGGUCGUCGAACCACUGUUGGAACCUCGACGUAUCUGGGAUCUGUACAGUAAUCGGGUGGUGCCAUGGUGGAGCACGGGCAUCUCCUUUGAUCAUUCUAGAUCUGACAUUGAGUCGAAGCACCAGCCUCGGCCAAUAUCGCAUGCUUGGAUGGAUGAGAAGGAUCGUGUCAAUGUGUCGACACCUAUCAACGGAUACGAAUGGCCUGUUCCCAUCCCGAAAGACACCAGCCUCAACCUUGUCCGCAUUGAGAUGCUCAAUCUUGGACUGGAGUAUGUGUGGUUGGACGUUCUUUGUUUGAGACAGGUGGGUGGACCAGGGGAGAAUAUGCGUACGGAAGAAUGGAUGUUGGAUGUGCCUACCAUCGGAGCAGUGUAUCUAUUGGCCGAUGUCGUGUGGUACUUGAGUGGGCUGGGUCGGCCUUUGAGUUUGAAGGACGGCGAUUUGGACAGUGAUCGGUCUUGGUUCAGACGUGCAUGGACACUGCAGGAGGUUAGCGGAAAGAUGGUGAUCGCUGGGGACACAUGGGAUGGACCACUGCAUGCCAAGGAACAGGACGGGAAGUAUGAGACUCCGUUACUGACCAGGUUUCACGAGCAACUGCAGUCUGAGUCUAACUCUCACGACAUUUCAAAUGGUGUGUUUGCGGUGUUGGAGAACAUGCGGAAGCGGGUGUCGACCAACCCAGUGGACAAAGUCGCGGGACUGGCCUUUCGUCUGCUCUCCAAUGUGAUACCAGCAUACUAUGAGAGCCAGUCUCUCGAGGAGGCAUGGACAGCGCUCGUGAAUUCGAUGGAUGCACAAUGUCGGGCAGAUUUGUUCUCCUUCUAUCCUGAACCGGGCAAUGCAGGCGCAAAAUGGAGACCAUCGUGGCACCAGCUUAUGACGAAGCCCCUGCCCACCGAUGCUUUCGCCGGUAUCUUCUUUGAUCGGGAUGAGGAGACGGGUGUAGACUGGUGUGAGGUGGAAUGUAUUAAGGGGUUGGUGCGGGGGUUGGCUGUUGUGGAAGGGGAUAAUCGACAUGGACAGUUGAUUGUUAAAGGCAAGGAUGGGAUGAAACAUCGAUUCAAGAUCAUGGCCACCCACACGUAUCCGAUACCUGCAGAAACGUACACACUGAUUUGCGUGGAUGAAUCGGACUUCCGAAGUUGGGUGGUAGGGCGGAGACUGCCAAAGCAAAGAUUUGAGAAAGUGUCGGUGUUGCAAAUUCUCGAUAGAGAUGAAUCGACGCAGCUAAAGGAUUUGCAUAUUACUGAAGAAUGUCUGAUUAUUCCUGUUUGA